GAGUCCUUUAGCUCCUGGAAUGGCCACUUCGUGGGGCUCUUCCGCGAGCCCGCGAACCGGGCAGCGUCGGCGUUCAACCAUUUCAUGGAAGGCAAGGGGAACAUCACCGAGUUUGCAGACUUCUCCAAAGGCUUGGUGACGAAGCUCUUAGCUGGAGACAAGGGCUACACGCCUGUCCACUGCGAGUUCUUGUACCGUGACCAUUUUGCCAACUGGACGCGCGAUUGCACAUCGUACUACUGCCAGCAAUGCAUCCGCAGCCCGGAAAACGACUUGCCGAAGGCGUUGCAGAGGCUGAAGGGGUUCGCCUUUGUCGGCCUCGUUGAGCACUUCGACCUCUCCGUGUGCCUCUUCCAUGCUAUGUUUGGGGGGAAGUGCUUUCCCGUCGAGUUUGUCAAUAUGCGGAAAGGUGUUGAGCACCAGGAUCCUGCUCAGCUGGCAAGCACCAUCAGUAGCCACGAGGAUCCAUAUGACAGAGCGGUUUACAAUGCGGCUGCAGAAAUCUUCUGGCAGAAUGUCCAAAGGUUCGACGUGAACACUGCGACCUGCGCCAGGAUUUGCCCUGACGCCGCCCAUGUCUUCGAGCGGGCCUUGUGA